CCUUAAGUCUCUCCUUGGAUCGAUUUGCUUGCCUAUAGCCAUGGCCACUGUCAGACUGUCCUUGCAAGAGUGCGAGGCAAUAUGCAAGAAGGCCCUCAGCAAAGCUGGCCUGAAUGAUGCAGCUACAAAAAUCAUAUCUGAGAACAUCACCAAAGCAGAGAGGGAUGGGUGUCGAUCUCACGGCCUGUUUCGCCUUCCGGGGUACUGCAUGGCGCUGCAGAGUGGGAGGGCAAAUGGCAAAGCUCUACCAGAGGUCAAAAACAUAGCUCCUUCCUGUGUUCUCUCAGAUGCAAGGGGUGGUUUCGCGACGCCAGCGUGUUUGGCUGGACAGUCCUUGCUCGUUGAAAAGGCCAAAACCAAUGGCGUGGCAGUGCUGCUGAUUCGCAGAGCUUUUCACUUUGCUGCGUUGUGGCCAGAUGUGGAACCACUCGCUGCGAAGCACGGCCUGGUGGCGAUGGCUUUCCUCAAUUCCCAGGCCUUUGUGGCCCAUUGGCCUGGAGGUUUGCAUCGGAUGUAUGGCACCAACCCGAUGGCAUUUGCUUGUCCUCGACGAUCUGCUGAUGGUCUUUCGGACAAACCAUUCGUGUUUGACCAAGCAACUUCAUUCAUGGCCAGAGGCGACAUGACCCUCGCUGCGCAGAGUGGUGAAUCCAUUCCACCAGAUGCUGCCAUUGAUCAGCAUGGUCAGAAAACGAGCGACCCAUCCGCUGGCCUGAAGGGUGCGCUGCUGCCAAUGGCUGGACACAAGGGCACUUGCCUGGCCCUGAUGGUGGAGCUUUUGGCAGCCAGCUUCACAGGCGACGCCUACGCCUUUGAGGCCGCGGCCACUUCAGGUGGUGAUACUUUGCCGACACAGCACGGAGAAGUCAUCCUAGCCAUUGACCCGGAAAGGUGCAGUGCGGGAGGAGGACGGGAAGCUUUCCUGCAAAGAGUGGAGGCCCUGUUUGAUAUGGUGCAAGCCGAAGCCAAAGAAGCUGAGGCUGCGGGUGGGUCACUGCGUCUUCCAUCUCAAAGGAGGUGGGCGAAUCGCAAGCGCGCAAUGGAGGAAGGCUUCGAGGGCUUUGAAGUCAGCGAGGCCUUGAUGAGUCAGUGCGUCGCGCUGGGUGAAUGACCUUUGAAGGAAAAUGGUGAGCUGCACGGGUACAUGUUUUGGGGUCUUGUGCCACUUAGCUUCUUUAAGAAUCACAUGCGCGCUUCCUUCACGCCUGUCGCUACUUGAAAGCAAUGUAU